CUUACGCUUUGCUCGUGGUGCACUGUUUCAAGCCCUUGCAGGCAAUAGUGUCCUCUUGGCAUUAAAUGACGGCCACGAGGGUUGACGUACUCAUCGCUUGUUGGGAGCAGUGCCCCGGCUUUGCUCGUCCCUCAAGCUCCGUUGGUGCUUCUGGGAAGUGCUGUGCUGUUGAAGGCUCGUUUAUGGAAAGUGUUACGUUUUAAACGAUUGUUUGCGUUAAUGCGCUGCGAGAACUAAGUGCACAGCGUGUGAAAAGGUGCUGAAAUACACAGUGUCCUCCGGGCUGAGUUUUUCCCUGCUGCUGGUCCAUUUUUGUCCUCAGAGCUGCGUUCCUCCGAGUCGCCUGCACUGCAGCACCUUGCUGAGCUCCAGCCCAGCCCUCUGUCCCUUCCUGCAGUCCGUGGGGAAGGACCAUGGCCGACACUGGGGAGGGGAAGAAGGAGGAAGCUGAUUAUAAAAGACUUCACAGCUUCCCGCUGAUUAGGCACACGGACAUGCCGGAGGAGAUGCGCGUAGAGGCCAUGGAGCUGUGCGUCACGGCGUGUGAGAAGUACGCCACCAACAACGAGAGUGCUGCCAAGAUGAUCAAAGAGAUGAUGGACAAGAAGUUUGGCUCCUCCUGGCACGUGGUGAUCGGGGAAGGCUUUGGCUUUGAGAUCACGCACGAGGUGAAGAAUCUGCUGUACAUGUUCUUCGGUGGCAGCCUGGCUGUGUGUGUCUGGAAGUGCUCCUGACGUCUGGCCAGCUCCCAGACCCGCUGCGUACAAGAGAUUUCUUCCUCCUCUUCGCAGGUUUUGUACGACCUGGAGGCGGGGCUUUAUUUUUAAUAGCUAAAACGUCGAGGUUUUUUUUUUUUUUGUACCGAUGUAACAGUUCCAUGGGAUACGUAUAGGUGGUGCAUAUGGGUCUAAACUUGCCUCUCCUUCCUCGCUCGUGGGAUUUCUCAUCUGCCUGUGGCUCUUUCGCUGGCCCUUGAGCCCAAGAGGCAGUGGAUAGGUAAUCUCACGACACACUGCGAAGCCGCGCAGCAGCGUUGGGAGGGGGGAAGCAAAAGAGAAAAGGUGCUAUCGAGCCCUACAUUUUCUCCUCCCACUUGUUCCGCAUUGUCUCCUCUCUUCCCUGCCUUCCCCACUCCGUAUGGUGUGGCUCUCUCCGAACACCGGUGUAACAACGCCUUCUUCCUCCUCCCUUGCAAGGUGACUGCACAGACGGGGCUGUGUCAAGGGUGUGCCUUUGGGUUGUCCGUGGAGGUGCUAGCUGUGGGGAAGCGGGCUCGUUUCACCCUCCCCAGCUCGAUUUGGGAGGACAGCUGAGCUGCCUGGGCGUAGGAGGCUGCUCUGCAAGCUGCCCCCUCCUUUCUCACCCCCCGCACGCUCAGACAGCGUUAAAACACAGGCGGCUGACGAUGCCUGGGGAGUGGGUGAGAACUCUCCGUACAGCUUGAAUGGCUCCCUGUCAGUUCUUGGGGGUGUUGCAAGCGCUGUGUACUUGCAGCAUCUUGUUUGGAGGCUGGCAGGGGAAGGAGGCUCCAUGUGAGAUAUCACUUGGUCAUCAGAAACCUAACGUCUUUUUGGACUUGCAUUUUUAGCCCGUUUCAUCUUUUAAAGCUGUCAGUGUUGGAGGAUGAACGUAAUUGGAUGUUACGUAUGUGGCUUGUUUAUAUGAAUCUGUGGAACUGUGGUUUUUUUUACAAUAAAAAUAUACUAAAUUGUC